AACCACAGAGUGAGAAAAUGCUGCAAGGAGGAGCGCUGGAUGGAGUCUACAGGCUGGUCCAGUUUCACAUUCACUGGGGAUCCUGUGAGGGGCAAGGGUCUGAGCACACUGUGGAUGGUGUGAAGUACGAUGCAGAGCUCCAUAUUGUUCACUGGAAUGUAAAAUAUGGUAAAUUUGCUGAAGCUGUGAAGCAUCCUGAUGGUUUGGCUGUGGUAGGCAUCUUCCUGAAGGUAGGAAAUGCCAGACCUGAAAUACAGAAAGUUGUGGAUGCUCUGAACUCCAUUCAAACUAAGGGAAAGCAAGCUUCCUUUACAAACUUUGACCCCACUGGACUGCUUCCAGCAUGCAGAGACUACUGGACAUACCCAGGCUCACUGACCACUCCCCCACUGCUCGAAUGUGUGAUCUGGCACGUUCUGAAGGAGCCCAUCACUGUCAGCCCCGAGCAGAUUUGCAAACUCCGUGGCCUUUGCUUCAGUGCUGAGAAUGAGCCCGUGUGCCCUAUGGUGGACAACUGGCGCCCAUGUCAGCCUUUGAAGAGCAGAGAAGUCAGAGCUUCCUUCCAGUAACCUCAGCGCCGAGUGUGUUUAGAAGUUGCCGUGUUUGUGAGGAGCCCCUUUGGCUAAGCACAAAUCAAACCUUUGCCAUGUGUGCCCUGGCAACAUCUUGUCUCCGAGAUCCAUUCUUUCUUUCGCUCUGCAACUAAGACGCCAGCUAAUGAAAUGUGAAAGGCUCUUGGCCAAAUAGGAAAGGGUUCAUGAGGUGUGGGGUUGGGAGAGGCAUGGGUGUUGGGGGGUGGCUGUGUGCAUUUUGCUGACUAUUGCUGCGACUGACACUUGGGUGUAACAGCGUGUUGGCUGCUUGGGAGAGGAUUAUUGUGAUAGCAAAAUAAGCCAUUUUAAGAAACCUCAUCCACUGGUGUGAUAGUACACAUAACUAACGAUAACUUGAAGCUUUGUGAAAAGCACAGGAAUACAGACUCUAGGUAUGAUUUAGGAAAAAAGCAUAUUUUGAGCAAGUAAAGUAAAAUUAAUAUUAAGAAUUAGAGUUCGUAGAUUUUAAGAGAUUGACAUGUAAAUAUUUUUGAGACUGUUUUACAUUUUUACCCGUUCUAUCAACAACUUUGAUUAUGUCUUAUUGGUAGUGUUGGAUUUUUUUUUAAUUAAAAAUGUUCUAAAUUAAGCAUUAUCUUUAAAGUUGGAAUUACCAUAGGAAUAAUACAAAAUAUCUUUUCAUUGAAAUAAUAUAUGCUCUAAUUUAAAGAGGAAAAUGAUAUUGUAUUUUAGAUAACUUCUCUAAUAAAUCUAUACUU